AUGCUCCGCGUCUUCAGCUUUCGGAACAAGGACAACAUUGAUCGAUGGAAGGCCCGCGUCACCUCUGCCAUCUACUCAAACUGCCUCGAAUGCUACAAGGGCUUCCUCAGGGCAAAGGACCAUCUUCGCGCCGUCUACCUCUCCUCCUUUCCCACAGACAAGCUCGAUGCCUUCUUUGCCUACCUCGACUCGGUCGAAGAGCAGCUCGCUCUUGACGUCGUCGAAAAGGCCAGAACCGCCUCCGAUGGUGUCCCCCUAGCCAAGCUCGCGCGCGCCGAAGUUUACGCUGUUCUCACCCUGGUUGCCUCGCCCACAGCGACCAAGCUCAACGAUGUCGUCAAGUCCGUAUGGAAGAGCGAUCAGCUCAGCAAUCUUCAGGAAUUGCCCGCUGGUCUGCUCACCCUCUGCAUCGACGAGAGCGCUCUGAUUCGGUCCUUCGCUGCUAGGCCUAUGCUCUUCCUCAAACCGCUUGCUCCAGACAUGGCUUCGCUAGGCAUCUUUGCUCAGGCUCUGCGCCGCGUUCAAAAGCGUUUCUCGGAAGAUGGAGCCGAGGCAGACUGGUCGCUCCUCUCCAUCUUGCUCAACGCCGCUCCUCCUCUCGCCGCCCCGCUCACCCCCGCAAUCCUCAGCCAUGUCCAUGACCGGCACGACCGUUUUGGCGACGUCCUUAAGGCCUAUGCCACGCUUCUCAAGCUGCGAGGUCCUGCCAUGUGGAGUGGCGACGACACAGCCUCUGUGUCUGCUGCCGAUAAGGACGACGAGUAUGCUACCGUCAUUCUUUCCGGCAUCCUCGACAAUCCGUUCUUCAUCCGACCGCUCUUUGAAUCGCCACAGUCCGUCGCCAAUCCGCGCGAAAGGGCUCUCUUCUUCGGCUGGAUGCGACCCCACCUCGACACCCUCCAGUCGCACGGCGGUAAGCUCUUCAGCGAAGCAAUCAAACGCAUCGCCAACUUCCUCUUCGAACGCAUGCAGCAAGGCCAUGUCCCUGCCGAGUGCCGCGCUGUCGCGUUCACCGAGGCCAUUGAUCUCGUCCUGAACCACUCGGACGAGGCCAAUAGUAGGCAGGUCGUCGACCUCUAUGCCUCUCCCAUCUCCCGCAUCGCCCUCGCCGACGACAACAAGUCAGACCAAUCCACGCGUAGUGCUGCUCGCGACCUCAUCGCCCAGGCCUUCGCCAGAGACGCCCAGACGCUCAUGCGCGCUCUCUUCAAACUUUCGACCAUAUCCAGCAGCAACAACGCCAAGUGGAAGGAGCGGGCGCGAGCCCUGCGCGACAAAAAGUCGGUUGCGUCGGCCGAAGCUUGCUACCAAGAGUUUGCGCGCCAAGACUACCCCAUCGUCGAGAUCUGCACAAUGCUUUGGAAGGAGGUCUAUAAUGUGACGCUCACAGGCACCUCCCGUCAUGGUGUCAGCAUCCUUCUUGGCGCUGUCGCCCGCAUCGCCGUCUGUAUGCCACCCUCCCUGCAGACCCACACUCUCAAGCCACCGUCCACUGGGACCAAUGCUGCCUAUGAGGCCUACGUCACGCGAGUCAGGCAGUCGACAGCAUCCAUCCUGACUGCUUUCCGAGCAAUGCGACGCCCUGACUUUGGCGAGCGCCUAGCCGAUUUCGGCGAGCUCGCUCGUGAAGACGAGGUUCAGCAGCUUUGCACUGGAGAUGCCUACAGCCUCCUGCUUGUCAACCUUUGCCCCGAUCCGGACGUCUAUCGUCCAGCACAGAACCUGCUCCGUCAAGCUUUCAGCACCGUCGAGAGUCGUGCAGACUGCUUCCGCAUCUUGUUUCAAAUCAACCACGCUUCGUCGCUUCGUGCGCUCGCCGACUACUUGGAGCAAUUCAUCAGGGUUACUGGCCGAUUCGUCGAGGCCAAUGAGCUCGCCAAAUGGAUGGUCCGAAGCUUCGCCGACAUUGUCAACGUGCUCGCUGGCAGCACCGAUGGCCUCUUGCGACCUGGCACCUCAUGGACGCUCAUCGAGGACCGCUCAACGCUGCAGGCUGUAGCUCUCAAAGCGCCCAUCAUCUGGCGCCUCAUGUGCGAGAGCGUAGCUUCUAUCUUCAGGCGCACUCCCUCAUGGUCCACCUUGCUGGCCCGCGAAGAGAUGGUCGCUUGGUUCCGAGACGUGACCAUCUUUGCUUCCGAGAUGGUCGAUGCCCUCGCCGUCUUCCGCAACGUCGUACGCCAAGCUACCGAGGCUCCCGCUCGAUGGUCGGGCAAGACCUCCGGCGAUGCCGACAUGGAUGGCUUGGAAUCAGCCGAGGACGAGAUGAUGGUGCAUGCACUGGCUCUGCCCGUCGAGUGUGCCACCAGUUGGCUGCGCAUGAACGAUGAAGACAUCCUCCGCGAGACUCACUCCUUCAUCCUCAAAGCGCUCGACCAAUUCGGCGUCGAGCACGAUCUGCCGGCCAAAUCCAAGAAGAAGAUGCUUGACUUCAUCAACGAGCAGAUGGAGAUCAAGGAUGCGGCUUCGCGACACACGCUGCUUUCGCUCGACGAGCUUGCAGAUCUCAAGGUACGUCUCGAUCCCAACGCUGGCAUCAUCGAGAUCAGCGAUGAAGAUGACGACACCGCAAGUGCUGCUUCGGACACCAAGGUGACCCAGUCUACAUCCGCAACGCACGUAUCUGCUCCACCGGGUACAUCUCCGGCUGCCAAGGCGUCCUCUUCGACGUCCGCCGGAUCCGCUCGAUCUAAGCCAGAAUCAGACAACUCGCAUUGGUGGGCCGGUGUCGGUAAUUUUUCAAAGCUUACCAGCAGUCAGGAGCGACGCAAGAAUAAGUUGAAACAGUCGAAACUCAGCUUCGCCAAAGUGGAUCCCAGCGACAUCAUCGACGUUGACAAGGACGAUUCCUCGACCCCGACAUCCAAGAAGCCCAUCACGCAUGAUUUCACGCGACCGAAAGCCGCACCAGCCUCUGCCCCUUCCGCGCCCAUCAACGCCUAUCGAGGGGCUGCUGCGCGAGGCGUCUACUCUUCGGCCAGCGCUUCGUCGGCGACAUCCCGUGGCAGCGUUCCCAAGUCAAGCACAAGCACAGGCAAGAUGGCCCAGCUACGUCAGGAGCUGGGUGGCGCAAGCCGCUCAUGGAAGCAGCAUCAGCAGAAUAGUCACGCACGGUCCGGUGACGCGCGUUGGGGUCGCAAUCACGAAGACGAUGUCACGGUCAAAGCACCUGCUGCCGUGAGCAGCGUCACCGGCGCCCUCAUCAACAAGAUGCCUGCACCGACCACCGAAGCGGCAAAGGCAGCAGCGGCUCGAAAAGCAGCCGGAGCUGAAAGCGAUUCCACCGCCUCGUCCUCUUCUUCCUCCGAGUCGAGUGACGAGGAGAGUGAGGCCAAAGGGCUGGCUGCGCUUCGUGCCAAAGUGGAUGGGCCACGCGUGCCAAAAGUGACCCAGCCGCAACGACGACAGAUCGUGGUCAAGGAGGAUUAUCACAUGGAGCGUGCUCGUCGCGAGCGUGCGGAUGCUGAGCGCAAGCGCAUCCUGCGCAGCCCUCCCGACUUUUCUGCUUUGCAUCGAAGCAUCCUGACCUGGGACUAUUCCCACGACGCCAACCGUCCUCCCGCUCUUGCCGGCAAAGAUCCUGAGUAUCGACGCAUCCAGCCUCACUUUGGCAAUGCGAACGACUACGGUUCUGUGUUUGGCCCGCUCCUAUUGCUCGAAUGCUGGGCGCAGUUCCGCCAAGCCAAAGAGGAAGCCGAGACAUCCAAGGCGCCCACCGUCCCGCUCGAGGUGGCCGGAAGGUCAACCGUGGACGCCUUCGUCGAUGUCAACGUCACGAUCCCGCCGGACAUGCUUCCGCCUACCGAGUUUUUCAACGACACCGAGAUCGUGCGUCUCAAGGAAAGAGUACCCGCCAUCUCUGAUAAGCAGCCCAGGAUCAUCUUGGCCAAAGUCGAAGCUUUCAAGCGUCACCCACAAGGCCAUCAACUGACGCUGCGGUGCUGCCUGUCUCAGGACCGUCAAGGAGUCAGCACCGCGCUGGUGAACCGGUCCAAAUGGGAACUCAAGAAACUCUUUUCGCUGACGACCCUUCACCGAGAAUUUGCAGCGCUAAUGGCAGCGCCGUAUUUCGAUCUGUUCGCCGACAUUAUCCGCGCGCGUGUCGCUUCGAAGGUGACGCUCUCUGGCGAUGAGGUCAAGAAGGCCAUGCAAGGCUACCAAGUCAAUGAGCCGCAAGCUCGCGCUAUCCUGGGAUCUUUGGCAACCGAGGGCUUCUCGCUCAUCCAAGGUCCUCCAGGUACCGGUAAGACCAAGACCAUCUGCGCCCUGAUUGGGGCGUUUGUGUCGAGUCGCAAAGGUCCUUCGACAUCUGUACAAGCCGGACAGAACCAAGGCAAAGUCGGGGCGACCAAGAAGAUCUUGCUCUGCGCCCCGAGUAAUGCUGCCAUCGAUGAGGUUGCCAAGCGAGCGAGGGCUGGGAUACGUCUUGCCGAUGGCAGAACUAUCCAUCCCAAGGUCGUGCGUGUCGGCAGAGACGAGACCAUGAACGUGAGCGUCAAGGACAUCUCGCUCGAGUUUCUCAUCGAUCAGCGGCUAGAAGGGGGCACUGCUUUCGACACCAACCGCAACGGAGGCAACACUGCCGACCCCAGUGCGUUGCAUGCCGAGAUCCACAACCUCAAGAUGCAACGAGAGCAGAAGCAGACAGAGCUCUCGCAAGCGCGAGCUGGUGGUGGCCAAGCUCUUGUCGCGCAGCUGGAGGCCGAGAUCCGAAACUUGUCGGCCAAGAGGCUCGGCGUCAUGUCCAGGCUGGACGAGGCCAAGGACAAGCAGCAGAGUCAGCAUCGGCAGCGAGAAGCAGACCGUCGACGGGCUAGGAUGGAGAUUCUAAAUGAUGCCGACGUCAUUUGUACCACGCUCUCAGGAGCUGGCCACGAGAUGCUGAGCGGCGUCACUUUCGACUUUGAAACAGUCGUCAUAGACGAAGCCGCUCAGGCCGUCGAGCUCAGCACACUCAUCCCGCUGCGAUACGGCUGCAAACAAUGCAUCAUGGUCGGAGAUCCCAACCAGCUCCCACCGACCGUCAUCUCGCAAGAAGCAGACAAACUUGGCUAUUCGCAAUCGCUUUUCGUCCGGAUGUUCGAACGCUCGCCGCAAGCCGUGCAUCUGCUCAGCAUCCAGUAUCGAAUGCAUCCAGAGAUUUCAGUUUUCCCGUCCAAGGCCUUUUACGACUCGAAGCUGCAGGACGGACCUGGUAUGGCGGAGCUGACGCGCCAGCCGUGGCACAAAUACGAGCUCACGCGUCCGUUCAAAUUCCUUUCCAUCAAGGCACAGGAGUCGCCCGGCCGGAUGCAUUCAAUCAUCAACAGGGAGGAGGCUAAUGUGGCGCUUGCGCUCUACGAGCGCCUGCGCAUUGACAACCCGAACGAGAACUUCGACUACCGUAUCGGUGUGGUGACCAUGUACAAAGCCCAGGUGUUUGAGCUGAAGCGGACCUUUCAGCAGCGCUAUGGUCUCGACAUCGUCGAAAGGAUCGACUUCAAUACCGUCGAUGGCUUCCAGGGCCAGGAGAAGGACAUCAUCAUCCUCAGCUGUGUCCGAUCCGCCUCGGAGCCGCGCAGCAUCGGUUUCCUGAGUGACCGACGACGUCUCAAUGUCGCUGUGACGCGUGCCAAGAGCAACCUAUUCGUUAUUGGCAACGCCGAGCAUCUCCGUCGGGGCGAUCCCAUCUGGGACAGGUUGGUCACCACGGCCGAGCAACAGGGAGCGGUCCAGUCCGUCACCGUUGCGCUGCUGCAGAAAGGCGAUCGUACCUUGGCCAAAACCCACGCUGGCAUCGAGCAAAAGCGGAGCUCCGUCGCCGUGGCCGGGGCUGGGCAUGCCUCUCAGCCGAAGCCUGCGCACCCUCCCGGACCACCUCCUACCAGGCCACCUCCGAUGACAUCGCCGGCGCCGACGACGUACGCGUCUCCUCCUGUCGGCCCGGUGACCCCAUCUGCACGUAGACCCAUGCAGAAUCCUAACGGUGAAAUGACUGGCAGAGCUGCAGGCGAAGACAAGAAGCGCAAGGCUAUCGUCGUGGACGAUCCCAAGAUGAUGCCGAAGAAGCCUCGCGUAUCUGACGAGAAUCUCGGCCCCGGCAAAGCGCGGACCGCAGCGCCGUUGCCUCCCAAACCGGGUAGUGGCGGCAGUCUCGCCAAUCAUCGAGCGAACGCAAGUCCCAAGACCAACGGAAGUGCGCCUAUGCGAGCGCCUCGAUCCGCUGGGACAGCGAGCGAGCUUCCAGCAGGCAAACCUCGCGUCCCUCAUCAUCAGAGUCCGCAAGGCGUGCCGCCGGGCAUUCAGAGAAAGCCAGUAACUCCAACAGGCGUCAGUCCUCGAGAAAGUGUGCCAAUCGGCGUGCCAAACCGGGACCGAACAGGCAACGGCAGCCCGAGAGGACUAGCGGCUCUGCCUCGUCGGCCUGCAAGCCCUCCCAAGCCGUCGAAUGCCGCACUCAAUGCGUUGUUCGUUAAGAAGCGCAAGUAG